AAGCGGAACUGUGGGGUUAUGGUUUGCACACCGCCAUUAAAACCCAAAGAAGAUGUGGCGUGAAUAAAUUUGAAUUUUAGCAGCCAAUGUGGGCUUGCUUGCGGAGAUGUAGAAACAUCAAGAACACGAUUAUCUAGUUGCUGUUUCACUUAAAAAUGGACGAGAUACGUCCACUGUUGAGCAAUCAGCCGUGGGAGGGCUCAGAUCUCCCAUCCCCAAACCUGAGACCAAGGCACCAGGAACUGAUCCCAACGCCAUGUGGCCCGAUAAAGCCUUGGUCAGAGCUGUCAUGCUUGGUGAAGCUUUACUUCUGCUUCACCAUCGCCUCUCUACUGGCACUAUUUGCCCUCACACUGACAAACAUCUACAGGCAAAGCAUGGCAACGUACAGCUAUGAGGACGACUUCACUGUAUCCCUCAUCCAACUGGUUGGAAUUUUGUUCUGCAUAUACUACAUCACUAGGGGCAUCCUGCAGGAGAACAGGCAAGAGUUGAUAGUGUUUGUCCUCAGUGUGUUGGUGGUCAUGAUGCGGUCUGUGGUCAACUUCAUGGUGCUCCCUGUCCAGGAUAGAAAGGACCUGCUUCUGGUACGGUUUGUGUGCAUCCUGUGUGUAGGCAUGGUCCAUGUCCUGUGCGCCACGCUGCUCAUCCAAAGGCCCAACAUGAUGGCCUUCCGGGUGGGCGGAGCUCUGGAGAGCCUCCAGGAGCAGUACUUCCUGAUCAACCUGUGCUUCUCCAUGGUCACCUUUGAUCUACAGGCCCAGCUGUGCCUUUGCAUACUGAUUAUGACGUCAGGCACAACCAUGUCCUUCACGAACAGCAUCAUCCUGGGCUUUGGAGUGGUCUGGGCCUGCCUUACCGCAGCCAUGGGGGCUAUCGCAGUUUUAAAAGAAGCCAAGUUGCUGGUUUGGGUCUUUGUCCUUCAGAAUGUGCCGGAGGUGGCCUACUUUGUGUACCUGAUGUACAGGAUCAGUGCACAUUGGGGGCAGGACAAGACGUAUACACUGGAGGCCGCUGCUGUGACUGGAGCGGUGAUCUCAGUGCUGAUCAAAGGCGUGCUUUUCGGGUCUCUCUUCCGAUUGGCGCGCAGCUUCGGCCAGGGCCUGAGGGAGAGGAUGUUUUCAUCGGACAAGCAGUAAGAUGCUGUCAUGAGAAGGAAGUGGCUACGGUUACACAAGACGGAUCAGCAACAAUUUCUCAAUUUUGUAACAACUCUGGUACUGACCAAUGUUUGAAGUUAGGAUCUAGAGGGAAUUGCCCUCAAAUGGCCGUUGGACUGGUCUGUUUUUACUAAAGAUAAUUUCACUGCAUGUGACAGACGUAAGUUACUGUAUCUGUCAUACUUCACUAACAGUUUAAGUAUAAAAUAAUCAGUUUACAAUGUUUGAUAGCUGAUGAUCACCACUGAUUUAAUGUAUUACAUGAGUCUACGACACACGGUUACUUUCAUCACAUUUUGCCUACUUCUGGAGGAUUCACCUCAGUAUGUUGGAUAAUGCUUACCCUUUAAUGUGCCUACAACAUAUACAGUGAGAUGUUAAGCUCUUUGGAGUCUGGAGAACCAGUUUACAAGGCCACAUGCACAAUCCAACUUCUGAAACAGCACUGAAAGAGCUACUGUAUGUAAAUCAAUGCAGAUAUUCUGCACAACGAUUUUCUUUUUAGGGUCACUUUGCUUUUACCAUAAUCAUUUCAACGGAUUAUCACUUUUACCUUAUUAUUCAAAGUGUGCUUGUAGUAAUAUAAACCAAAGAAAAUAUGCAGUGGUAUUCUAAUACAUCCAUUGGAAAUGGUGCCCUGUCUAUGAAAUGGUUUAUUUGAGAGAUUUUAUACUGCUAACUUUCUAUUUGCAUUAGAUUUUUUUUUUUUUAUCUGUUUUGGUGAACAAGAUGUAUUAUUUUAUAUACAGUAGUAUGUUCCUAUGUAUUAACUUCUCUUGAUAUGUCCAUUGUCUAUGCACUGCACUGAAUAUCUUAGGUUGAAAUGAUUUUUAAUCUAUCAUUAAUUAAUCAUUGUUGAAAGCCAGUGAACAUUAUCUUUAUAGGUUUUUGCUGCACUUUAUUGAUUGGUUGACAACCCAUUAUUGUGUUUUUGUAAACUGCAGGUUCUCAAUAAAAUGACGAAACAAG